AUGGCCGUCACGGGCCUUGUUGCAGUCGAGACGCUGCCCCGGUUCCUCCUCCCACGGCUCAGCUGGACUGCGCCGCUCUCCGCAUCUCGACCUGCUGCAGCCCAAACCUUUGCUGCUCUACAAGCACGAACGAAACAAAGGGCAGUGCCCGCCUUCAACACCGAUUUCUCGACCAGACGAUACAACAAUGGCCAGGCACCGGCGCUGAGGCGAGGGUUUCAUGCGACGAGUCGACGGCCCCGGGAGCAUCAUUUCGACACACUCAAGUUUGUCAAGCAGCUCAAGGAUGAGGGCUUUACCGAGGAGCAGUCGGUCGCCAUGAUGAAGGUCCUCAACGACGUCAUUCAGGAGAGGUUUGUGUUGGCAAUCUUCGAGGGUUCAUCACGAGCCGUGCUAUUGCUAUUGCUAGUGCUAAUGCUAAUACCAACUCCCCCAUGGGAAUGCAGCAUCCAAAACCUGACCCGAACCAUGGUCCUCCGCGACGACGCCGCCAGAACCACGUACACGCAAAAGGUCGACUUCGCCAAGCUCCGUUCCGAGCUCACUUCGGCAGACAGCACCGAGUCCAACACGACGCGCAGCGCCCACGAGCGCCUCACCAACGACAUCGCCAAGCUCAGCAGCCGGCUGCGAGACGAGAUUGGUCGGACCCAGGCCAGCGUGCGGCUGGACCUCAACCUGGAAAAGGGCCGCAUCCGAGAAGAAGCCGUGGGCCAGGAGCUCAAGAUCAAGGAGACUGAGACCAAGAUUGAGCAGGAGGUGGCGGCGCUGAGGGAGAAGCUGGAGCAGGUCAAGUUCCAGACGCUGCAGUGGCUGAUGGGUGUGUGUACCGGUUUUGCGGCGCUGCUGCUUGGUGCUUGGAGAUUGCUCAUGUAA